GUUCUACGUACAUCGUGCAGCCACUGUGCAGCGUGCCUGCGCCCUGCGGUUCUCGUUCAUCGAUUUUUAGCCCACCUAAAAGGGCAAAAUGAUGACAAAAAUACUUGGCGCUAACUGCUAACACUCGCAAACGGUUUCUCAUCUACGGUGCGUAAUAAAUCUGGUAGUCAGAGGUAUGCCCACACAGGACAGUUUCCGAUCACCAGGAAACCACUGCUGAAAUUGAGAAGCGUAAAUUGUUAUUCAUCCGUUCCAACGUGAAUCGGAGAUCAGCGAUUGAAUUGCUGUUUCUUCAUCACGGCAUCGCUGUUCUGUACCAAAUCAGUUGCCUCCAUGGUUUAUCCAGGGACAUUGAACGCUACGACAACUAUCCAGCUAUGGGGCCGUGAAAUUAAAGUGCUGCAAGCUCCCUCCUCUUCUCCUCCCUCCUCCGGUACGCUGCAGCAGAAAAUGGAAGAAACAGUCAAACCAGCUGCAGCUCCGGUGGACCGGUCACCAUGCACAUCGGAAGAAGACGAAGGCGAAGUGCUGGAACCAUCGCGAACGCCCCCUCUUUCCGAUUGCAGUGGAAAACUUUUUAAGUGGACUAACUAUUUCCAUGGCUGGCAAGAACGAUUCAUCGUGCUGAGGAACGGCUGCCUAAGCUAUUAUAAAACUCCGAACGAUCAGACGCUGGGAUGUCGCGGGGCUUUAAAUAUUCGCCAAGCUGUGGUGCAGGCACAUGAAUUUGAUAAUUGUCGAUUUGAUGUCGUUGUCAGUGAGAAUAUCUGGUACCUUCGUGCGGAGACUACUGAAGAACGCAAUCGUUGGAUUACGGCGCUGAAAGAGCACAAGUCAAUUUUGGAAUCGGGAUACGGUAGUGAUGGCAGUUUACGUCGCCAUGGAUCGAUAUUAUCCCUUACUUCCGCCGCCAGCCUAUCCACUGCCUCCAGCUCUUCGCACAAGACUGGAAGAGCGUUACAAGAGAAGCUGGCUGAGAUGGAGACCUUUAAAGAUAUUUUAAUACGUCAAGUGGAUACCUUACAAAGCUAUUUCGAUACGUGCGCCGAGACCCUAGCUGCCCAUAAAGCGGAGAGUCAUCGCUCAGAAAAUGGCGGCAUGGAUGCAGAUAGCGAUGAAGAUAUGGAUGUCGAUUUGACUUUGGUGCGGGAUCGAACCGCUUUGGAUAGCGAUGUAUCGCACAUUCCCAUGGAAGUUCAACUGCAACACGCUCACCAUGGACCAGAUUUCAAAGGCGAAGCGAUUACCUUUCGUGCCACAACCGCUGGCUUAUUAGAGACGGUGCGCCAUUGUAUGGAUUUGAUGUCUCAGCGGGAAGACGCAUUGAAACGCCGUUUAGAAAAGGAAGUGGAGCGCCGUAAGCGUACGGAAACCAUGUAUCGCGAGACAACGGAAGUUGUGCGUAGCCUUCAGGAACAAAUACAAAAACAAAGAGUUUAUGGUAGUCCAGAUUAUGAAGAAGGUCCCCAGAGUGCUAUUAAAGAGGACGAAUUUUUCGACGCCGUUGAGACCACAUUAGACAAAGUCGACAAAGAGUUUGAGGAAAAAUCAACUCAAGAUGUUCCCAAGGCCGCAGUGCCUGCUGACAGCCUGGCCAUGAAGACUCAGUUGACGACCAUAUCUCCCGCACAAGCUGACGACAUUUGGGAGGAGAUCGAACAAGUUACCAGUGAGCAGUUCAAAUAUGCCCUCCUCGGUGUUGGGGAAGGUGGCUGGCAGCUGUUUAAUGAAGAUGGUGAAAUGAAGAUGUACAAACGGGAAGAGGAAAAAGACGGCUUGGUUGUCGAUCCCUUAAAGGCGCAGCAUUGCGUGCGAGGCUUUACGGCCCAUGAAAUGUGCCAUUACUUUUUCAGCCCUGAUGUGCGCAUGGAAUGGGAGUUCACUGUGGAUAGCAUGAAAGUGAUCGAGCGUUUGCGGGACGAUACGAUGAUAUUUCACCAGAUUCACAAACGUGUUUGGCCAGCGGCUCAACGUGAUGCAUUGUUCUGGUCACAUAUGCGCAAAUGGGAUGGGAAGGAGAAUGUACAGAAUCACCAUGAUGAUAAAUUAGUGCCAGUAAACAGUUGGAUUGUAUGCAACCAUUCCGUGGAGGUACCGCCCGUUCCGACCGGUAAAUGCCUCCGGGUUAUUUUAACCAUUUCGCUUACUUGCCAAACAUUCAUCGAUGCCAAUGUUGCACAUUUGCCGCGUGAGCAGAUCAGCAGGGACCAGAUCACCACAAAGAUCAUCUAUUGCGCCACAGUGAAUCCAGGUGGAUGGGCUCCCGCGUCCGUCCUUCGCGCGGUGUACAAGCGUGAAUAUCCAAAGUUUCUUAAGCGUUUCACGCAGUAUGUCAAAGAACAGACUGAUCACAAGCCAGUUCUCUGGUAAAUCAUCUUGAUCUCGUGAAUGCUGAGGUCUGUCCUGGAUUUAUGCUGACUACCUUAAAGCGACGAAUUUUAUUCCUCUUGUUUCAAAAAGAUUAAUACUUAUUUUGUAAAAAAUUAUUUUGGUAAUUAAUUUGUCCAAGAAAGGCGUUUAUUUUAAUUGCUUCUUUUUGAUUUUCUGGACGAGUGCGAGAAAAUGGUAUCCAGUUGUGAUUUUUGCGAGAUGCAAUGAGAUUGCUGUUAUGUGAAUGACGCCCUCCCCUUUUAAGCUCUCUAUUUGUAAUUUACCCUCUUAGGCAGUAAGUGUUGAACUUUUGAGUGUUGAUUCUGGUUUUUCUCUGCCAAGCGGCAGCUAUUUAUUGGCAGGUAAAUUGCUCUCUGUAUUUGUGUCCUAAUGCAAUCAUGAAGUGUUGUAUGUCUUUUUAAUUCUGGUGCCGUAUACAAUUAAAGUGUUCGGUUUUUAUUGCGUAUCAUUUGAUAAAGACAACUAUGCGAAA